AUGUAUCACCGAUACUAUCACUUGAAUUGUAAGAAAAAUAGGACGACUACGAGGCCUGAUUAUGAUCCUGACGAACUACCGUAUCCAAUACCACACAUAUGUCAAUCGGAUUUAACGAAUAUUGAAUUUUCAUUACGACGAUCACCAUUAAAAUGUGGACUGCAUGCUAUUCAGAAAUUUUUACCUGAUAAACCAGUACCACAAUAUAUCGAUAGUGCAGUUAGCGUCUUAAGAGCUUUAAUUGCUAAUUUAACUAAAAUAAGACAUAUUAUUGGACCAGCAUUGAGACGUUAUUCAAAUUUGGAAAAAUCGUUUAAUAUAUCUGAUUAUCGCGUACAAGCACACAAAAAAUAUGGACAAUGGGAGUCAAUAGCGAAAGCCUUACUAGCUGGUUAUUGUGAUAAUGUUUUUGUAUCAGUGAGAGAAUUACAAGAGAAAAAUCUUCGCUUUGCUCGAUAUAAGGAUACGGAGGAUAUUGCUGUUUUAGACAUUAAAUCAACUCUAACAAGACCCAUAAAACAAGAACCUGUGCCUCUUGUAGUUGCUCGAGAUGUUUUCUAUUCAACUGCCGUUCGUUCUCGAAUUAUUAUUUCAUUUGUUGGUGGAAUAAAACUUGAUUGGAUGAAUCAUUCUAUUAAGCGUGAGUUUAGUUUAACUGUUAAAGAAGAAACAUAUCUUAAUAACAAUAAUAAAUAUGAUAGAGUUCGCUAG